AUGAAUGUGACAAUGAACACGUCGACGAACAUUAUCCAACUUCUCAUCCUUAUUUUUACAUUUUAUCUUUUUCUAUUCAUUGAAGAAAUUUCAUCCGUCUCGGGUUAUUGUUAUCAAUGUAAUUCUCGAAAUCCAUUAUGUCGUCUUGAUGUCAAUGUUACAUUGAGAGGCGAUGGAACACCUUGCAAUGGGCAAUGUUAUACGCGUAUUAAUCGCGAUGAUGAAAGUACAAUCUAUCGAGGAUGUUCCUGGGAACAUGGUUUCAUCAAUUUACAAAAGUCGAAUUCACUCAUUGUGCAAGGCAAUUCAGUUUGGAUCUUCUGUAAUAGACCAUAUUGUAAUUUCGAAGCAACAGCGCUUUUGAAUAAUGUUUGUUAUCAACCGAUUUGUAGUUUUUUGAAAUUCCCAGAAGAUUGCAAACUACCAAAUGCGGAUAUAACAUGUGGACGCUUUUGUGGAAAUGUCCUGUGCGGUUCCCGCCCAAUCCGUUAUCGUAUGCCUCCUUAUCGACAUCGUACUCGCGUAUAUUUAAUAAAAAUAAACAAAACAAUGAAUGUUGGCAUAGCACAAGGUGAACGAAAUCCAAAUAGUUCAUGGCUAAACAGUCGAGGUGUUUGGCUCACAUAUAUAAUUCUUCUUUUCGUCCUGCAUUUCAUUCUUUUGAGUAUACCUUACAUCACAACACCUGUAGCCUGGACAUUGACAACAACAAUUCAUAAUAUUUGCAGCUUUUACUUAUUUCAUCUAGUUAAAGGUGCUCCAUGGGAAACAAGUGAUCAAGGUCGAGCACGUCGUUUUACAUUUUGGGAACAAAUUGAUAAUGGCGUCCAAUGGACAGGUACCCGAAAAUUUCUUCAAAUUCUUCCCAUUAUUUUAUUCUUCAUUGCGAGUUUUUAUACAAAAUACGAUCGAACACAUUUUGUAAUUAAUUUAGCCACUAUGUUACUUGCUGUUGUUCCGAAAUUUCCAAUCUUUUUCGGAGUUCGUUUAUUCGAUAUCAAUCGGUAUUAA